AUGUCAGUCGCCUCGCCGGACACGAUCGCCGUAAUAGGAGCAGGCGCCUCGGGACUCGCGUCGCUCAAAGAGUGUCUCGCUGAAGGACUCGACGUCGUUUGCUUCGACCAGGAACCUCAAGUUGGAGGGCUUUGGAGAUAUGUGCCCCAGGGUGGGGACGAUACCCAUUCUAGUGUUUACAUGAGUACGAUAAUUAAUACUAGUAAAGAAAUGAUGGCGUAUUCGGAUUUUCCUGCACCCAAAGAGUGGCCGACGUUCUUACCCCACCGCUUUGUGGUGAAAUACCUGAAUUCCUACUGCGACCAUUUCAAACUCCGCGAGCACAUAAAGUUCAACAGAAAGGUCAUAUCCGUUCCGCAUAAAUCGUAUGGGGGGAGGUUUAGAUCCGUGUCGCGCGUGCGGUCGAAAUGCGAGACGUUUGAUUAUGUUAUCAUUGCGACGGGACAUCAUUGGAAGCCGAAAUUACCGGAGUUUAAGGGGAUGGAGAACUUUGAGGGAGGGAUGUUGCAUUCACAUUCUUACAAAGUACCAUAUCCGUUCAAGGAUCAACGUGUGCUUAUCGUCGGCAUCGGGAACUCAGGAGCCGACAUUGCCACUGAACUGUCUCACCACGCCAAACAAGUCAUCCUCUCCGCUCGUAGCGGGCAAUGGAUUCUCCCGCGCAGCUCCUUAUUCGGAGUCCCCCUAGACCAUCUCUCCACCCGUCUAGCAGCGUCCCUUCCCAGGCCGUUGACGAACUACCUCUUCGAAACAGCAAUGAAGUUCCAAAACGGCGACCUUUCCCGCUUCGGCCUGAAGCCAAAACACGGGAUCUUCGACGCCCACCCGACAGUGAACGGACACAUCCUGGACCGGAUAGCAGCGGGCAAGAUCCUCGUCCGACCCAACGUCGCCGAAUUCGCAGCGACCACAAGCACAUCAACAGGGGUCCCACGGACAAACACGGUCGUAUUUGAAGACGGCACAGUGGAACAGAUCGACCAAGUCAUCUACUGCACAGGCUACAAAAUCGAACACCCCUUCCUCUCCCCCCAAACCUCGCUGGAUAUCCUCGGCCGUGAACGACCCGACUCCAACCGCGUCCGUCUAUACAAGAACGUCUUCCCCGUCUUCCACAAAAAUAUCGCGUUUGUCGGACUCGUACAACCCAUCGGCGCCGUGAUGCCCGUCUCAGAAAUGCAGGCGCGGUGGGUCUCUCGCGUCUUUUCGGGCAACCCGACCCAAACCCCCCUUCCCUCACCCACCCAAAUGCGCGACGAAGUCGACAUAAACUGGACACACAACUAUAAACCGACGCACGUCCUCACGGAACGGCACACGAUCCAAGUCGAUUUCGUCAGUUACAUGGACGACAUUGCUACCCAAAUCGGGUGUAAACCGGAUCUGUGGGGACUGGUUAGAGGGAAGGAGUUUGUGCUGGCGAGUCAGAUUCUGUUGGGGCCUGCGGUGCCGGCGCAGUAUAGGGUCAAUGGGCCGGGGAGGUGGGAGGGUGCGAAGGGGGUGGCGGGGUAUAAGGCGGUGGAGAGGUUGAGGGAGAGGGAGAAGAGGGGGGAGAAGGGGGCUGGGGCGGAUGAGACCGCACAUGACGCCCUUGUCCGGUGA